AUGUUUGCUGGUUAUCUCUUAAUAGUAUUUUAUUAUUUAAUUUUUAUUUUGGGUUUAGUUGGCAAUUCAAUGGUGAUUUAUGUGGCUAUUAGAAAGAAAAAAUAUCGCAAUGUUACCAAUUGUUAUGUUAUUAAUUUGGCUGUAGCUGAUUUAUUGUUUUUAACCGUUGCCAUACCUUACACUACUUACUUAGGACUAGUCAAGGAUUACACAUUUGGAGAAACUAUCUGCAAAAUUUAUAUGUAUCUUGCUUAUGUAUUUUUAUUAGCUACUUGUAAUACAUUAGCUGCGAUGAGUAUUGAUCGAUGUUUCUAUAUUGUUUUACCCGCUGCUAAACUGCAAAGUCGUACACCACAAACCGCUUUAAUAGUUUGUAUUUUGAUUUGGGCUAGCUCACUUGCUCUUAUUGUCCCUUAUCAUAUCAUUUCACAUAGAACUACAUCAAAUUCGACAUGUGGUAGUAAUAAUCAUUCGAGUUUCCUUGUUUGUUUUGUUAUCUUUUCCUCUUAUUAUGCUUUGCCACUGUUUAUUAUAAUUGUAUGCUACACAAAAUUAGCAAUGCAUGUCAUGCAAUCCAGCAGACUUACUGCUAGUCAAACGAAAAAUAAAAUGAUUCCAAAACGGUUAAAAACAAAACCACAACAAGUCACAAGAACGGUUAUUAUUGUAACAUUGGCAUUUGCUAUAUGUUGGCUACCAAUUCAUGUACUUGAAUUAAUGAAAUGUGCUAAUUCGUCAAUGCUCGACAGUCUUAUACGAUCUUAUCCAAAACUUCUAUACGCAGUUCGUGCUUUGACACACGCAUUAGCUUAUUUCAAUUCGUGUUUGAAUCCAUAUUUAUAUGCAUUACUUAACCGUAAUUUCUGUUGUGAUCUUAUUGAUAUUAUUCCAACGUGUUUAAAACCUCGAAGUCAAACAUCAACAAUUCAAACUAAACAUUCAAAUGUGAAAGACAAAUAUUUUCGGUCAACAUUAAUUCCAAAUAGAAGUCUUCUUAAACAACAAACAACUAAUGAUGACAAUACUGAUGAUGAGCAUAAUUAUAGAGAAAAACUUAAAAAAGAUACGGUUGAUGUUGGUUGUCAAAUUGAAUUAAUUGCAAUGCAUAAGAAAUGA